CUCUCUCAUUUUGUCUGGUGCACCCACAGGCACACAAACUCAGCUUUGUACACUCAUCCAGUGCUUAGUAGCCUGAGGGACGCACACACGAACACAGACACCAAAAACACAACCAGGAAGACAGAGAAACACUGAAGUACUCCACAGCUCUUUCUGCUUGGAAUUACUUUUUGCUCCUUGGACUCUCCACCCAACCUCCAUUCCUCCACCAGCCUCUCACCCCCUUGGCGUUUUCAACAGCUAAACAAUGAAGAUGGGGCCUGGAUUGUUUUGGAACUUCCCUCCCAAGGCUGGCUGCACGGUUCCACAGAGCCUCCUGCAGACCAUGUUGCUAUCCAGGAUGGCAGGGAUUAAGGAGCAGCAGUUCACGGAAGAGAAGCCCCUGCUGCCAGAGCAGAGAGGAGUGGACUCAGACAUGCAGGAUAAAGGAGAUGAGGCAUCAGGGGGGCUCCCUUGCCCUGCCAGCCCUGCACCCCUUAACAACCCCUCCCCCCCCAGCCGCCCCAGUCACCGCUGGCAUGUCAUCGCACGGCACUGGCUCCGCCAGACUCGCCGUCGUACCAGCGGGGUCCUCCCGGAAAGCUGUGAACAGCUGAUGCCAGUAGGGGACUGGAAGGAACAUGAUGUUGAGACCCCUUAUGGGAUGCUGCAUGUGGUGAUCCGUGGGGCACCCAAAGGAAACAAGCCUGCUAUCCUCACCUACCAUGAUGUGGGACUGAACCACAAGCUGUGCUUCAACACUUUCUUCAAUAAUGAGGAUAUGCAGGAGAUCACCAAGCACUUUGUGGUUUGCCACAUUGAUGCCCCAGGACAGCAGAUUGGAGCUUCUCAGUUGCCACAGGGGUACCAGUACCCCACUAUGGACCAGUUGGCUGGGAUGCUGCCCACUGUAGUCCAACACUUUGGAUUCAAGAGCAUUGUUGGGAUCGGAGUUGGAGCUGGAGCUUACAUUCUAGCCAAGUUCGCUCUGAUCUUCCCUGACCUGGUGGAGGGUUUGGUUCUGCUCAACAUUGACCCCAACGGCAAAGGAUGGAUUGAUUGGGCUGCCACCAAGUUGUCAGGUCUAACCAGUACUCUGCCAGAUAUUGUCCUACCACAUCUUUUCAGCCAGGAGGAGCUGAUAAACAACACAGAGCUAGUGCAGAGCUACCGACAACAAAUCAACAACACCAUCAACCAGUUCAACCUGCAGCUCUUCUGGAACAUGUACAACAGUCGUAGAGACCUGGAGAUGAACCGCAGUGGGACAGUACUCAACGCCAAGACCCUCAAGUGUCCUGUGAUGCUGGUUGUAGGAGAUAAUGCUCCUGCUGAGGAAGGAGUGGUUGAGUGCAACUCAAAACUGGAUCCGACCAACACCACCUUCCUAAAGAUGGCUGACUCUGGUGGACUUCCUCAGCUCACACAGCCUGGCAAGCUGACUGAAGCCUUCAAGUAUUUCCUGCAGGGAAUGGGCUACAUCGCUUAUGUGAAGGAUCGGAGGUUGAGUGGAGGGCCAGUGCCCUCUGCCAGUAUGACCCGUCUGGCUCGAUCCAGGACGGCCUCCCUGACAAGUGCCAGCUCCAUGGAUGGAUCCCGUUCUCGGGCCUGCACCCACUCCGACAGCGCUGAGGGAGUCGGCACAGUCACCCACACCAUGGAGGUGUCCUGCUGAGGAGCCAUAGAAGGAGGGAGGGAGGAGGUAGGGGGAUAGAGAGAGAAAGAGAGAGACAGGAAAGGAUGACAGCAAAGAAAAAAUGAGGAAAUGGUAUGAGGAAAAUGUUGAUUAACAUUUGAGGGUUUGAGGGCGUCAGAGCUAGCUAGCCAGAAGUCAUGAUAAGAGUGCAAAACGUGUCAGCAACAGCAAGGAAAGUUCAUAAACGAGAUGAAGAACGCUCUCUCUAUCUGCCAUCUUCGCCCCCCCCCGCCCCCCCAACCACUGUAAAAUAUCUUAUGUAUUGCUACUAAAAAACCCUAGCCACCUCUUUUAAAUAUCCACUUCAACUCCCGUAUCCACUUCAACUCCCGUCAAUGAUGAAGAUGUACGUAACUGUUUUUGUCAUUCUUGUGUUUGCUCUGUUUGCACCCAACCCCCCACCCCUCCAUACACACGCAAAAGAAAAACAAAGAAAGUAAUUAUGUCUUCAAUUCACACAGCAAAGACUUGUUAUUAAUAAUAUGUUAUGAGAAGGUAUUUUUUGCUAGCAAUUUUUUUUUAUUGUUAUACAGAAGUGUGAGUAUCUCUCUCUGUGUUGUUUAUAUAGGAGUGCUUUUUUCUCUCCAGGUGAGAGACGGGUCACAGGUGUGCAUUUGGGGUGUGUCCAAAAUUUGGCAGACAGCAGAACACAGCCUAUUUUGUCCCUGUAGUGGUUAGAGAAAAUGUAUUUGCUUUUUAAGUCCACGAGCAUAGCUAGAAUACAUCUUGUUGACUUAGAUCUGCACUUAGUAAGAUUUUAUAUCAAACUUGUAAACUAGAAUCCAAAAGAGUGGUGUCAUCAGCGUAUAUACAAGUGUUAAGGUAUUUCCAAAAAGCAGAAGCAGGUAUUUAUUGACAUAAAGUUUUUUUUUUUAUGGAUGGACCUAUAUAAUUAUCAUAAAGCUUGUUACACUGUAUGCUCUCUCAUUACUGAACUUAUUAUCUCCUGACAGGAAAUUGAACUGGGGCCAGCAGUAAAAUAUGCAUUGAAACCUAGCCACUACACCACCAGAUAUAGCUUAACUGAUACAUAUGUGCGGCUUCAUUUGUUUUUAUUGCUUUUAACCUGAUAAUCUGUACAUGAUAUAUCCAAAGUAGCCUAAAAAAUUGAUUUUAACUUUGGUUUUAACCUUGAUUUUGAGAGAGAUGAUUUUGUGUUUUGUAAGCAAUUGGAGGCCAUCUAUUGUUUAGUAACAAAUGAGCAUAAAGUGAUUUAUAUAAAUAUGCAGUCUUAUGUAACUAAUAUAGCAGCAAAGUUAUUAUGAAGUAUUUGUUCAGCAUCAAGAAAACUGACAACUUAUAACUUGUAUUUCUAGACAUUAAUCACUAACCAAUUUCUGUGAAAUCAAGUGAGCAUGAAAUUGUCAGUAUCUUACAAAGUAAGGUAUUGCUGGAAAUGCACUAUUAUGAGCUGAGUAGUUUAAUGUAAAAUGUUGUAUGUGAAAUUAGGAAUAGAGUUGCAUUACUAUUGUAUUACCAAUACUAAUAUUACUGUAUCUGGAUGAAUUAAAUUUGUAAAUUGAGAGCACAAUAUAGAAGAUUGUCCUCUUGCAUUGUAAGCACUUGUUAUGUUAUAGUAUGUUAUAGCUCUGUCUAGGAGAAGAUUAGAAGAUCAAAAGAAAACUGUUUCUUAAAGCAUUUAGUGGUCUAUCCAGGGAAAGUUCUAUUCCAUAAACAUGACCAAUUUAGUGGUGUUACAUACUGAAUCUGGUUACUGAAAUUAAAAUUACUGUUACUUUCGAGCCGCAUUAAUGCAAUGUUGCUGAGCACAGCAACUUAUGUUUCAUCUAACAUUUCUAAGACAAUCCACUAGAUGAAUAUAGACUAGAGUAAGUAUUCAUUAACAUGGAUAUGCAUGUGAAUGAGAAAGUAAUCAUAGGGCAUCCUAGUAUCUGAGUUUCAUCAAGUAUUAAGGCAUUCUUCAUUAGCACCUUACAUUUGGCUAGUUAAAUAGAGCCAUGGAUAAAACUGCCAUCAUCAAUCUAUAAAGGACAUAUUCAGACAGAUAUUGACCCUGUGUUAAACAAACCAAAGGGCAUUGGUGGAAGGGUAUGCUGUUUCAUGUACCAGUGUGACAGUGAAAUACAGUCUGGGAUGUCCAGUUGGAGCAAUGUGCAUGUGUGCAUGCUUCCAAUGGACAAUGCAGUGCCAUGGCAGAUGACAUCACAUUGUAUUUGUUGCAGGAAAGCUUCACUUCCCCAGUUCAAAUGAAUGAGAGGGAGUGCAUAUAUACAUGCAAAGCAAAUGUCUGUGUGAACAAAGCCUAACUCUGGGGUGUGGAUGUGGCUCUUGCAGUCUCUACUCAUACCAAACCAGACCAGGGGGACAGAGGCAAACCCAAACAAGCCCUCUUUUCGGGUCGCCACCAAAGAACUCGCAGCAGUAGGCUGCUUUCUGUGGAUAUACCAAACCUAUCCCCACAUACACAAAUAUCCACACAUGUAUUACCAUGCACACACACAUUUUCAAACGUGCUCAAAUGAAAGCUGCACUAGUUCAAGAAAAAGACAUGAAUAAAUAAAACUCACACACACAAGAGUGAUUAGUAAUUGCUAUGCAUUUGGUGUUUGUUUUGAUGUGCCUUGUAACGUCUCACCAGUACAGUACAUGUAUAUAGGUAUUGCUUUAUACGAAUGAAGUGUUGUGCUGUUGUCUGCUGUAACACUGGACCACCUUGUCAGUGCUGAUUGGGUCCCCAGGUAAUGAACCAUAGUCACCCUCUAAUGUUUCAAGUUUUACAAAAAACCCUCUGAUCCCCUGUCAGAAGGGGUGUAGCUUCCAAUCACUGAGGUGUGUACUUCCCUAAGGUAGCCUGUAAGGGACGGGGCUUUUUUGGAGCCAUUUGGGCACCAAGCUCAGAAUGUAGGGCCCCCAACCCCCCGCCUCCCCUUAAAAAAAACAAAAAACACAGACAUAAGGUGCCCCGGCUCUCACAGGCAAGCCUAGUCACCACCUUAAAGGGCUAUCAGCUAAAGUCACUUUCUAAAAUAUAUUGGUGGUGUUUCUGUGCACCAGGGGGGCCUAAAGAGCAACAUACUGGCAGAGAAUACACUUCUUUUCAUGCAAACACAGAGAGAGACUCUCAUCUUAAAAGUGUGCAAAUGAAUGAUGAAGGAAAAGAAUGUGAUUUUGCAGAAGCUAGAGAGAUUAUUGUUGAAUUAUUUAAUGUUGAAGUGUAAAACUGAAAAAAUAUCCUGACAGGUGGAAAGGAGAAAUUAUGAGAGUAUACUGGUCUGAUAAAACAUCUCAGUCACCGCUUAUUUCAUGAACACUGACAUUUGCAUGUGGUGGAAUUUGUAUAUAUAAUCUUUCUCUUCUCUUAGCUAUUUUUCACCAUCUAAUCUUUGGUUUCCUCCUUCACUACACUUACACAAUUUGCCUGGGGGGGGGUCCUGAAUGUGUUUGUCCCCUUUUGAAGUGCUGUACAGUAUUGUCAACCUCAUCCUCUCACAACCCCCACACCGCCAAACACAUACACACCCCACUAUGGUCAUAUAUCUUUAACAUGAAACCCACCUCCUCUCUACUCCAACUAAAGGUCUAAUGAUUUCAUUCGGUUGCAAUUGUUUAAACUCCACAACUCCUGUGUGUUAGCACUGUUUAGAACUUGGUCCUCCUUGCACUUAGAGAUACUUUUUUAUUUAGAGAACAGGUUACCUGAACUUACACUACUGUGUUGUGAAGAUCAACAUAAUUCUGUUCCUCUUCCCUUGGAGUUUUCCUUUUCUUCUAAACAAAAAUAGGGUGUAACUUCAUCUUGGUAUAAUGAUAUUGGUUCAUGUGUACUGCUACUGUUCCUCCUUCUUACUAACAUUAUGACUGAGUUGUAUAGAGCAAUAAGUUCUUUUUCUCCCAUUUGGAUUCUUCCAUGUUGUGGGCGUCUUCCCUAUUGGCUUGUUUCUAUUCACAAACGCAGAAGGACUCUUAACCGCUUUGUUGUCAUUCCGAUGUGUACUGUUAAGUUUGAAUAUAUUAUAUAUAAAUACAUAUACACAGCAAGUUGUCUCUGUCCAUGUACUGACUAAGUAACAAAUAAGAAAUAAAGACUUUGUCUCAGAA